AUGGCUACUUAUCAGGAAAGACUCACGACAAUUCUGUCUACAAAAUCUACUACCAAAUCGUCUUUUUCUGUGUUUUUCAAUGAAAAUUUGUCAGAAGCACAUGCAAUCACAAAGCAAUAUUAUGUUAUUGCCAAUGAUACUACCAAAACUGACUCGAUUCAAGCAGUUUUUGACCAAGCUGCCGAGGAUUGUAAAACCAAGGAUGUGAAUAUGGUCAAAUAUGCUUUGAUGACCUUUGUUACCCAUCAUCCAACAGCUAGAAAAAACAAAAUUCGAAUUCCAUCCUUGGCUCGUCGUUCACCAAAUCUUGCACUUCCCACUAAGGGUGUUUAUACAACACCAGGACCUGUUGUUGGUGAUAAACCAGCAGCAGACGUUAGUGGUGAACCAUUGCUUGCUUAUUGGCUUGAAGAUCCAAAUCUGAACGAACAUCAUGAGCAUUGGCAUACUGUAUACACUGAUGACAAAGUCGCUGAUCCUCAAUUCCCUAAUGAUGAAAGUAAAGCAUUCAUAAAAGAUCGUCAAGGUGAACUUUUUAUUUAUAUGCAUAGACAAAUGAACGCCAGGUAUAUUGCCGAACGUCUUGGAGUUGGUUUGGGACUUACAAGGCCUCUACAAGAUUUUAAUGAGCCUAUUGUAGAAGGUUAUACUCCUUCAUCACAUUUAGUCGAUAGUAGUGACAAUACACCAUAUUCUUCUCGUUCUUCUGGGUUAAAAAUGGCAGAUGUUAAACUUGGUAAAUCAACAAUAUCAGUAGCUGAAACACUAAAACAACGCGAGCUUAUUAAAAAAGCCAUUCAGCAGGGUCACUUUGAUGAUCCAAAAAAGACACCACUCACACCUGAUUUGUUGGGUCGUGCAAUUGAAGCUGGUCUUAAAAAAAGUGAAACUGGAUUUGAUAUGUAUACUGGAUUCCAUAAUAAUGGACAUAUUAUGAUAGGUUUUAUCAAUUUUCAAAAUGACAAAAAACUCGACGCUGGUGUGAUGGGCGACGUACGUGUAGCAUGUCGAGAUCCGGCUUUCUGGAGAUGGCAUAGACAUGUUGAUGAUCUUUAUAAAGCUUAUCAAGAAAAGCUAGGACCACAAGAAUUUAACGACUGCCCACCAGUAAAGUUUGCAUCAGAUGGUGGUAUUGUCCUCUGUUUCAAGGAUAAAAUGGCAUGUAUCAAAGGAUUAAAGGACCCUCAACAAGAUGAAGAAGCAACAAAAUGGGGAAUACAAACGUUUAAAGAACAUCAUUUCUUUAAUACUCAUGGUACUAAUGUAUUGGAAACUAAGAUGAAACAAAGACAAUUUACUUGGCUUGAAGAUGACAAUUCAAAACAAGUCAUUCAAUACGUUUUCCCAAGAGAAUGGUAUUAUUUCUUCCGCGUUGAGAACACAUCUAACAAGUGGAUUGAAGUUGAUAAAUUUAAACAAGAGAUCCCAGCGAAUUGCAAAACUGUCAUAGCGCGUGAUUGUGAUCGCUCAUCAGUGGUGAGACAACCACCACAAAAAACUAUAGAUGAAUUAGAUGACACAGCAAUUGCGGUUGGAACCGAAGAUUCCGAUGCUGAGCAAUAUUGUGAUUGUGGAUGGCCAUUCCACAUGUUAUUGCCUCGUGGUAAACGAGAAGGCAUGAAGUUUAAAUUAUUUGUAUUUAUUAGCGAUUGGGAGAAAGAUAAAGUUCCUACGGUUGCUAGAUGUGGUAGUUUGAGUUUUUGUGGUGCAGAACAACCAAAGGACAAAUAUCCAGAUAUCCGUCCAAUGGGUUAUCCAUUUGAUCGUCCUUUCAAAGACUGUAGCUUCGAAAAGACAUUUGCCGGGCAUCAAAAUACCUGUUCAAAAGAAAUAUCCAUUCGCUGGGUUGAUAAUUAUCCAGAUUGUGUAUAA